AUGGAACAGCAACAAAGAGAAGACGAACGGCAGGAAUCUUUGGCUGAAGUUGGAGCGCCAGGUUCCAUGUCGAGGAGAUUACUGGAUACGAACUACCGCUGUACACAUCUUCUUCUUUUAGACUCCUUCUCGUCUCUGGUUGAGAGUUAUUCGCGAUUACGUCCGCUUUUAGUUGGUGAUGAUGAAAAGGCAGUGGAAUCGUGGCAUAUGCUUAUCGCUGCUGCAAAUGAACGUGCAGCGCAAAUCCUAUGUUUCCAGAAUGACGAAGAAGAUGUCAGUGCGGUAAGCAUUUGGCACCGUUAUGUGCAAAGAGCGGUUCAUAAAAAGGAAACUGUCAAGUUACUGCUGCACGGUGUAUCACGUCAACAGAGCGCAUCACGGUUGAGGGAUAGCACCGCAAGCGCGUAA